AUGGAGGACGGCCGCGACCGCGGAGCGCGUAGUCGCCGCCCGCCCAGGCCCUUAACUGGUGCAUUUAGUGGCGAGCAAGUCGGACGUGGAGCGGAAGGUCCACCGAAUGGGGCUGCUGCUGAUGCGGCGACCGUGGUUCCUCCUAGUGACCCACAUCCCGACGGCGAGCGGAUGGACUCUGUUCAAGCCUCGGACGGCACCAUUCUUGAUUCGGUGAGGGAUGUAGGGAUGGAUCCUGGUGUAGGCGAUGUGUCCAUGUCAUCUCUACAGAGCGAGCCUCCCUUGCAGCAGGUAGGGGACGGUGGUACCGGUAUCGCGCCGGACAACGAGGAUGAUGAUACCCCAACUGCCCCAAGAUCGCCGCCACGUAUUUUCCAAGAUGCGCGGCCAAUGAUGCCAAGCCCGUCCGCUUGGACGGGUAACACAGUCGAUGAGUUGAGAAAAGCUGCGGGCUCUCAACCCUCGCCGUAUGUUAACGAUGCUAACCUUCGUCUUUACGAGUGUGCGCGAAAGCGGUGCCGUCUUCGAAAGGACGGUUUUCAGCGCAGGAUGACGCCAAUUGAGGUGGAAACUCUUGAGGCUUGGCUUGGAGGCCAUCUACAGCUUGCUGGAGCGCCUCUAUUCCUCAGGGAGACUCAUGUGGCGGCCGAGCGAGAGCCUUUUGCUGUCCACCAGCGCUCUCGCCUUGUGCACAAGCUUUAUGCUCGCCUUCCGGUCGGCCUUUUCCUUCCUGAUCUAGGCGCGCGGGGUAAAUUAUUUAGCCUGAUGCUUGCAGCUGCUGUGACUCCAGCGGCAAAGACUCGUGUCAACUCGCUCAUCAUGGAGCUUUCGCGCGUUGAGUGUUCGAGCCUGUCACCUAUUGUGGCUCUCGUCUUCAACGAUCGCCCUACGCGAAAUUCAUGGGCGAAGGCGGACCUUCGGGUGGGUAAUUGUCGGAUCCAACUUCUCGUAGCUGAUGACCCAGCUACGGUGGACGACAAGAUUGGCUAUACGGACAUUACGACUUCAAUGCUCUAUCAGGUGCAUGUGCUCGGCAAGAGCUCGGCAUUUCCGAGCGAGAUCCGAUCAUGGGUCGCAGCCGCGACGUCGACACCCGUGCUCACUGUCGAGUCGCAUGAGGCCGAUGGUGCCCAUUUCUUCGGCGCGUAUCGCUGGGUCGUCACUUUUGAUUCCAUGGAAUGCCCUAAAGAACCGGACCGGAAGCACAGGAUUUUAGUGACGACCGGCGAUAAGAGUAUCGAGGUGGUACUCAUGCACCCGCGUAAGAGUACCCGCGAGCCGUGCCAGCGGUGUCUCAGCGUUCGACAUUUCCGUAAGGACUGUGCGGCUGUGGAUCCCUAG